GCUCAACUCUUUUUACUUCUACUAAGGACCAACGAAGAUGGCCGCCGAGGAUGAUAUAGUUGAUGAAACGUCACAACUCUCGGCCACUGACUCGAGCGACGAUGAUGACUCCACGCAAGACCAGAUCGAAACCCUCAUUGCGGGCAGAGAGCGGCGGAGGACUGCAGGCAAUCGAUAUGACAGGGACAUGGUGUUAGAAGGGGCGGGUGACGGAGAGGACCCGGACGAAGUCGCACUGCUCUUUGCAGACAACGAGCAAGAGGAUGACGACGAGUUCAAAAGUGGCGACGACGACGAAGAUGCGGACAUGUCGUCGAGUGAUGACGAUGAUCAAGGACCCAAUGCCGCGGCCGACGACAUGGAGGGCGAAAAGGAGUUACAGAAGCAGGCGAAGGUUGAACGAGCAAGAAAGCGCAAGGCCGACCUGGCUUUGACGAGCGUCGCCGGUCUACGAAAAAAGCUCAAGACCGAUCCUACCAGACCGGCGGCUGUCACUGCGGCGCCUGCAAAGCCUUCCAAGAAAAAAGAGAGGGUAACGUGGGUGCACGACCCUGAUUCUGGUCGAAGUUCUCUACGGAAGCAGACGAUUGCUCAUCGAGCGGAAACGAUCGCACGACUGAAGAAGAGUGAGGCACAAAGCAAGAAGAUGAAAGCGCUGAAAGAGCAGAGGGAUAGAGAACGGGCAAAGGAUGCUCCAAAAGAGUUGACACAAGCCGAUCGCCUGGCAGAAGCUGCGAGGGUCGAGAGACAAAACGCGAAGAGCUUGAACAGAUGGGAAGCCUUGGAGAAGAAGAGACAAGAGGAACAGGCCGCGAAACUGGCCGCGCUCAAGAACAGAAGACUAGAAGGACCUGUCGUGAGUUGGUGGAGCGCAAAAGGAACCUGGGUUGGACCCAAGCUGAGCAAGAUUGGGACGAAAGAUGCCGGCGAGAUCUUCGAGGUAGGCACUGAGCCAAAGAAGCGCGGCAGGAAAUCCAAAGCAUUCCUCGAACAGCAGGCUGCCGAAAAAGCAGCACAAUCUGCGGUACCUCCAUCGACGGCAACAGCAUCAGAGCCAUCCGCCACGCCACAGGCGAAGCCAGAUGUGCCAGAAACGGCACCAGUAGAGGGACCAUCGAACACGCCGGCCAAAGCAGACGCGUCUAUGCCGAUGGAGCUGGAUGAUCCCAAGCAGUCACGCGAAGAUCCUGCGAAACCUGACCAGAGCGCAGAGCCUGACACAACUCUACCUACAGAACCAUCGACUGACACACCUACAUUACCUUUGGCUGACCACUCGAAAACAUCGCCGCCGCCUAAUAAUGACAUCGAAACCCCUCGCGAAGAUGUGCCACCAAAACAAACUAGCGAGCAGCCACCACCAGAUCAAGAAACCUCGUUUUUGAAUGGUAUUCAAGAGUAUGCCGAUAUGCAUACAGAAAACAAUGCUUCGGAGAGUCGUCGAGAAAGUCCUACUCCGAAAAUAUUGGAGGAGCAUGAGAAGACGGCAGCACAGGUUCCAGGUCCGGGAGACGACGACACAGAACAAAGUCGGCCACAGCGAGAAAAGCAAGUCCCCGGGGAGACUGCCUCCUCGGCUGAUACACCGUCUACGGAGAUCAAAAUGUUGUCCCAGGCCCCAAGUCUAGAAACAGAAGCAAGACCGACACCAGGAGCUCGGGAUGCUUCGGUGUUGCAUCCUACGCCAAAUAUUCCGGCGAGCGGCGGCGCCCCUGUCAGCACCCAGAUACAGUCCGAUCCAACACAAGCACACCCACAAGUCGAUCCCCAAACAAGUGUGGUCAAGGUGGAAGAAGGUAGCACAGAAGCGCCUCCCGCCACGGCUGAGCCACCACCACCACCACCACCUCCUCCUCCUGAAGAACCGACGGUGGAAUAUUCGACGCGGAAUAUUGUGAUUUUGGAAUCAUUUGACGAGCUCUCUGACGAUGCUCGGCGUGAUUACUCCUUGUUCUUCAACAAGAGUGUGAGGAAGAUGGAGAAACGGGUGAAACAUGUUCAAGAACUUUGUCCCAUCACCACCUUGCCCGUCAAAUACCGCGACCCGGAAACCAGCAUUGGGUUUGCUAAUGUCAUCAGUUACAAGAAACUUCAGGAUCUGAAACAACAUCGCUAUAUCUGGAGCAGUAUGCUUGGAUGCUACGUCGGUCGCGAGGGAGGACAAGUGGCCCGUGGAGUGCCUGAAGGGUUCGUGGACAAGACUUGAUACCAACCCAGGUACUGUAAUGGGAAAGUCGGAAACCAUACUGCGCAUGCGGUCAGAGUGUCUCAAUAGCGUCCUUUAUGCGUAUCAGAUGGUCCAUGUAAAAUUGUCCAAGGAUGGCGACUUGAUGAUGAUGAUGAUGAUGACAAUACUCUGUAUAUUUAGCUUAUGUAUAUCAUGG